AUGGCGGCGGUUCAGCCUCAGGACGACCUGCUGAAGAUGACCCACCGGGAGAACUGGAGGGUGCAGCAUGAGCGGCUGCACAUCAAGCACCGGGGUCAUGAGGCCAUGCAUGCGGAGAUGGUGCUGAUCCUCAUCGCCACGCUGGUGGUGGCCCAGAUCGUCCUGGUGCAGUGGAAGCAGAGGCAUCACCGCUCCUACAACCUGGUGACUCUGGUCCAGAUGUGGGUGGUCCCACUUUACUUCACCAUCAAGCUGUACUGGUGGAGGUUCCUGUCCAUGUGGGGGAUGUUCUCCGUCAUCACCAGCUACGUCAUCUUCAGAGCCACCCGCAAGCCGCUGUCCUGCAGGACCCCCAGGAUGGUCUACAAGUGGUUCCUGUUGAUCUACAAGCUGAGCUACGCUGUGGGCGUCCUGGGCUACCUGGCCAUCAUGUUCACCAUGUUCGGCUUCAACGUCUUCUUCAGGAUCAAGGCGGAGGACUCCAUGGACGUGGGCGUCAUCAUGCUGUUUUAUGGCCUCUACUACGGCGUCAUGGGCCGAGACUUUGCAGAAAUCUGCUCUGACUACAUGGCUUCUACGAUCGGGUACUACAACAAGGGCGGCAUGCCCAGCAGGAGCCUGAGCGGAGACAUCUGCGCCGUGUGCGGUCAGAGGAUCCUGGUGGAGGUGGAGGAGGAGGGACUUAUAGAAGACACCUUCCAGCUGUCCUGCGGUCACAUAUUCCAUGAGUUUUGCAUCCGGGGCUGGUGCAUUGUGGGUAAGAAGCAGACGUGUCCUUACUGCAACGAGAAGGUGGACCUGAAGAGGAUGAUGAACAACCCCUGGGAGAAAACCCACGUUUUGUACGGCCAGUUGCUCGACUGGCUGCGGUAUUUAGUUGCCUGGCAACCCAUCAUCAUCGGCAUCGUUCAUGGAAUAAACUUCUCUCUGGGCCUGGAGUAGAGCCCUGAGGAACCCCGCUACAGGAUUAUCUGCAGUCAGCGCCACAAAGGACUGCUUCAGGCUGCUGUUUUGAACUCUUGCUGAAUUUCCUGCAGGAUUAAUUCUGUCCCAUAACUUUAACUUCAGAGGUUGCUGCAAAAUCAAGCUGCUGCCAGCACAAAGGAAACUUCAGGCACAGAUCCAGUAUUUUAUGCUGUUUCUUGCAAUCGGGUUUUGUUUAAAUGAAACAUUAAUUCAUCUUGUAUUAUCUAAUUAGGUUUUAUUUGCACACUCUUUGCUGCUGGAUUUUUUGACUCCAGUAAUGAAUUUCUGCUUUAUUUAUCUAAAGCUCUUUGCACAGUGUUUACAUAAGGACUUCUCUGUCCACAUGGUUCUGGUUACUCCUAAAAGCUGUUUUUCAGGUCUGGUUGUUUUAAAUGUUUCCUUUGGAGCUCACGUUUUAUUUAAAUAUUGUCCAUUUAAGUUAAUUUCAGAGGUAAAUUAUUGGUUUGUCCUAAACCAUCAACACAGAGAAUAAGUGCUUUUCUGAAAAAUGCGGGAAUUUGAUUUUAAAGUGUCAAAAAAGUCCGUUUUGUCAAAUGAAAUAUUUAAUUGCCAAAACCUCUGAAUCUGACUUUGUAUUUAAUAAAUAAUUCAGAAAUA